AUGCCAGGCCAGGGCGACACGGCAUCACCGGCCGCUACUGCAGGCCAGGGCGACACGGCUUCACCGGCCGCUAGUGCAAGCCAGGGCGACACGGCAUCACCGGCUGCUACUGCAAGCCAGGGCGACACGGCACCACCGGCCGCUAGUGCAAGCCAGGAUGACACGCCAUCACCGGCCACUACUGCAAGCCAGGACGACGCGGCACCACCGGCCGCUACUGCAGGCCAGGGCGACACAACUUCACCGGCGGCCAGUGCAAGCCAGGGCGACACGGCACCACCGGCCGCUACUGCAAGCCAGGGUGACACGGCACCACUGGCGGCCACUGCUAGCCAGGGCGACACAGCAUCACCGGCCGCUAAUGCAGGCUAG